AUGGCCAUGGAGUGGGAAUUUAUCACGUUGGGAAUUUUCAAAUACAUACGCGAGAUACUUUGUCUCAUUGGAUUUUUGCAUGUGAAACUUAUACGAAAAACACUUGUGCUUUUCCAGCUUCAAUCGGGCAACAACGAUGUUGAAACGAACUGCUGUACAGAUCGGUGGUUAAACGAGAAAUCUGAAUUACAGGUGAUGGAACAAUGCACUUUCAAAUGUGCAUUGACGAAAAAAAUCAAAGAUGUAGUUACCUGUGAUGUUGUGGCAUUAGAUUUUGUUAAAUGGUUUUUUACAAUCCUUACCUAUGGGACAUAG